AUGGCGACUCUUCACCUUCAUCCCCUCGACAACAACGUCCAGGGCCGGCUGGCCCUCGUCACUGGCUCUAGCGGCGGUAUCGGUAACGCCUCAGCUGGGGCCUUGGCCGCGGAAGGGUGCGAUAUCCUCCUGCAUUACUCUUCUAGUAAGGACAAGGCCGAGAUGCUCGCCCAGCGGCUGCGAGCCAAGCAUCCCUCCCAGCUCUUCGUCCCCGUGGCGGCCGACCUCUCCUCGCGCGAGUCCACCCGGGACCUGGUCCCCAAUGCGCUCGCCAUCCCCUCCGUCGCCGCCAAGCACAAGGCCAUCUCCAUUUUGGUAGCCAACGCCGGGCUGGGCCGCCGGAUCCGCGACCCCAAGGACAUUGGCGAAGAUGACUGGGACGAGAUCAUGGAGGUCAACGCCCGCAGCCAGUUCGUCGUCGUCAAGGCCUGCCUGCCUGGCAUGAGAGCCCAGUCCUGGGGCCGGGUCAUUCUCGUGGGCAGCAUCGCGAGCCGCGGCGGCGGUAUCAACGGCUGCCAUUACGCCGCGACCAAGGGCGCGCUUAGCUCCAUGGGUCUCAACCUGUCUACGGUUCUCGCUCCGGAGGGAGUGACGGUCAACACGGUGCUCCCUGCCAUGAUUGGGUACACGGGCAUGAUUCCUGCGCCCAAGUCAAUGACCUGGACCGAGGGGGCCAACCUCGAGGCCAUCAAGGAGACUGAUCUGGGUCUUGGGGUUGCCGCUGGCAUUCCCGUUCGCCGGCUGGGCCACCCUGAAGAAGUCGCCAAUGUCGUCGCCAUGUUUGCUAAGACUGGAUACAUGACUGGCCAGGAGAUUGUCCUCUCAGGAGGCUUGAAGUAG